GUCAAAAUUGACAAAUUAAAAUUUGUGCUACGCAAACGCAGUUUUUAUUUUGCCAUGUAUAUUUUCUAAUGUAAACUUUUAAAAGUUCGAAAACGUUGGCUGAGGACCUUUAAAAAUUAUGUAAACAGUUCCUAGCAUCCAGGAAAUACUCCUAAAAUGAUAGAUUAUUGAGAAACGUCACGAAAAAUGGAUAAUUUCGUGGCAGACUUGGCAAUUCAAGCUAUCCUAGGCAGAGGCGCAGAUUUCGUUGGGGGCAUCGACAACGAGGCCUUGGACUUCUCCCAAUUGGCGGACUUCAUAAACAACGAUGCUACGACCACAAAUUCCCCGUAUUUCGGGGAGACCCUCAACGGGGCGUCUUCCACGGAGAAACUCCUCAACGUCAUCGUGGAAAACAAGAGGAACGCUUCGGGACAUUCCUUGCCAGAGAGUCCACCGGAUAGCAGUUCGGAGCAUCCCUACAGUCCCCAGGAUGGUAACGAACCGACCAUGAGUUCCACGGAUAACAUCUACUCCACCAUGGGCCAAGGCAUGUACAAACCUGGCAUUUUGAACCCCAUAAUAACCGAGAAUCUCAUCCUGGGUUCUCAUAUAGUGGUAACGGAGCAGAACGGUGAACAACAGAUACUGGAUAAUGGCACCUUGCUCCAGGACACCACGAUGCUGGUCAACAACGACAUGAGGACGGGAGACCUCCUCUCCGGUAGGAUGAUGCCGGAGAACCUGCCGACCGAGCAGAACAUGCUGGAGAACCGUCUGAUGAUACCGUCCGAGGGCGACAACAGGAACCUGCUGCUGUCGGGAGAUCACCACCAGCAGACCGGGCAGAAUUUCGAGGAGAGGAUCUACACCAAGGUGCAGCAGGAGUUCGACAAGAACUACGUGAUCUGCGAGUGCAACACGCUGGAGCUGAACCUGCCCAGGAACGGGAUGUGCGAGCAGAACGUGGACAACAUGAAGGCGGUCUACACGAACCUGCAGAACGCGCCCAAGAAGCGGAAGUUGAGUCAGGAGGUCGUGUCGCCCAAGAUUGAACCAGGUGUCGGAGCUGAGCAGCCUUCCCAGUUGAGUCCGAGCGAGAACAUGUCUUCUUCCAUAGGUGACGAUGAUUACCAGUCGUCAGAAGCUUGUCUUUCGGAAUCCGGUUACCAGUGCAUCAGGUUCAGUUCGUUCUUGCAGAACAACUGGCACACCCUCUGCGAUCAGAACUUGACAGAGCUGCCAGUACCUCACUAUCGAGUGGACGCAGACAAGGGCUUCAACUUUUCGACGGCAGAUGACGCCUUCGUAUGCCAGAAGAAAAACCACUUCCAGAUAACAUGCCACGUACAGGUGAUUGGAGACGCGCAGUUCGUCAAGACGCCGGAGGGUUUCCAGAAGAUCUCGAGCUUCCACCUGCAUUUUUACGGCGUGAAACACGACUGCCCCACGCAGACCAUCAGGGUGGAGCAGAGUCAGAGCGACAGGAGCAAAAAACCUUUCCAUCCGGUCCUGAUCGAGCUGUUGGGGUCUCAGGUCACCAAGGUGACGGUGGGAAGGCUUCAUUUCAGCGAGACCACCUCGAACAACAUGAGGAAGAAGGGGAAGCCCAAUCCGGAGCAGAGAUACUUUCAGUUGGUGGUGGGGCUUCAUGCUCACACGGCGAGCGGUAACUAUCCGAUAGUGUCCCAGGCCAGCCAAAAGAUCAUCGUUAGAGCCUCCAACCCUGGGCAGUUCGAGAACGACGUCGAGCUCUGCUGGCAGAAGGGUCAGACUCAGGACUCCAUAUGUCACAAUGGGAAGGUUGGGAUUGGCACAGACCGUCCGGAUGAGUCCCUGGUGGUGCACGGUAACAUAAAAGUCACCGGACACAUAAUCCAACCGAGCGAUAUAAGAGCGAAGAAGAACAUUGUCGAAUGCGACACUGCGGCUCAGUUGAAGAACGUGCAGAAGAUCAGGGUCGUGAGGUACGAGUACGACCCCAACUUCGCCGCUCAGUUGAACAAAGAUACAGACUGUUUCGACACCGGUGUCAUAGCUCAAGAAGUCGCCGAGAUAAUACCGGAGGCUGUUAGUCCAGCUGGUAAUCUGAUCUUGAAGAACGGAAGCUCCAUAGACAAUUUUUUGGUCGUUAAUAAGGAAAGGAUAUUCAUGGAGAAUAUAGGGGCUGUUAAGGAGCUUUGCAAAGUCACGGAUAACUUGGGAACGAGGAUAGAUCAGCUGGAGAGGAUAAACCGACGAUUGAACAAAAUUAAAAGGGGGGACAGUUUGAAAUCGACCUCCACUAUUUCCAGUGGUAAAGUGUCGAGCGUGAAGAAAUGCGCGAAGCACCAUCAGAAGUGCCCCCACGACGACAGCGACGAACUAUGUUCGAACAAAUUCAUCCAGAUAGUCAUAGUCAUAUUGGUUUUAAUCAUGGCGUUUUGUUUGGCGGCGAUCACGACGUUGUACCUGAUGGAAACGGCGAGGUACCAACAAUUCGCCAAAAGCCUGGAAAAUUCCCAGAGGAGCCACUCGGUGAAGAGACCGACCAAACCCAGCAAGUUCCACAACACUUGGCAGUCUUACACGCCUUACACGUUAACCACCGAUAGAAAUACUGGAGUUAACAAACUGACCAUCGACAAGAGCUUGUUCAAGAAGCCCUACACCAUAGGGAAGCCUAUAGAUUGUUUGAACGUGGAUCAAGACCUCGAGAGUUCGAAUUUAUGUCAGAUCUAUUGUUGUCCGGAAAUAAAAAGUUCGAUUUUCGAUAAGAAAUCGAUGGAGAUGAACAGGACGACCCUUCUGCUCAGCCUGGAGAAGAACGGGGUGAACAAACCCCUACAUUCGAACGAUAUAGAGAAACAGGUCAGGCAAAAGAGGAAUUCUUUGGAGCUCUCCGAUGAAUCCAACGUUUUCGACGUUACAGACGAUCAACUGUUUACGAUCACGGUGCAAGGGAGGAAUUUCAAUAUAACCUUGACGGAUAGAUAUUUGGAUUUCUUCAACAACUACAACUACACCUACGUGAUUCCUGUAUCGAAGUACAUGCCGGACGAAUACCUGAAUCUCAUCUUUAGAUCUAACCAACCGAACAUCAAGGAAGUGGAACACUGUUAUAACGGAUUCAAGAAGAACCAGUGUUCCUACCCCGAUUCCGGAUUCUUCGAGGAGAAGACUGUGACGAAGCACCGUAUAAACGAGAACAAUUCUGAGCGACAGAUCAACUCUCAGAGCGUCGUUUUCGAAGUGGCCACCAUGGAUUUCGAGACGAAAAUGAUGACUUACCGGGCCCCUUUGCAGCAGAGUCAGAAUAUUUGUAAGGCUACGAAGGUCGGGUUUGAAUUUGUGGAAUAUAAUUUUCUGUUUCAUCGACAGUGCGCCGAGUAAAGUUGCACUGUUUCUAAUCUUGUGUAAGUAUUAAAAAUAGUAUUAUAGGCUGUAAAUUAAACCCAUCGUCAUGACAUUCAUACGAGAUAAAUUUCCGUUGAGAAUACUCAUAAAGUAUCUAUAAUCAAUUAUACAUGAUCUCCUUCAAUCAUUUAUCUGUAAAUAGGUAAUUUUAGAGUAAUUUUCAAAGGGUUCGAACGCUGGUGAGGAUUUAGAACAAAUCGAUUAUAAUGAAUAACGAGAAAACUUGCACCGAGUUAGAAAUCAAAACGUUCGAAGUGAACAAAAUGUUUAUAUCCCUCAUAAGGCACUCUGUAUUGUAGUGAUGUACUUAACGUUCCGUCCAAAAAUGCCUUAGAGUGUACAGGGUGAAACACCGAGACACGUGUGCUCUCACUGCUUCAUCCUGUAUAUCUCGACUAGCAUCAAUUCGUUUUACUCAAGGAUAGAUUUAGUUGACAUUCCUGUUAUAUACGUACCUUAAAGACAAAUUUUUAUAAUUGUAAAUAUUCCAGAAGAUAGUUUUUAUCCUGAGUUUUAUAUCAGUGUAUUUUACAUCUACAACUUUAAUUUUAAUAUAUUUUAAUCGCUGUUUUGUUUUUGGUUUUUAAAAUAUUAUUAGAGUAAUAUAUAUUAUAAAUAGAAGGAUAUUAUAUAACUUUUGUGAUUUGUGUCUGAAUAAAACGUUGUUUCUUUGAGAUGAGAGAA